AGCUGGACUGGCCUAUCGUGGGUGUGGUCACAGACAUCCCUCGAACGCCUGUCACUCUCUCGAGCAGGACCGCAGCUUUCAACCCAUGCUCACUGGAGUCGCUUGCGGUCACUGCGACAGCUUGACCUGUCUCACUGCACCAUGCUACUUGGGGAGCACCUUGCAGGGCUGGAAGCACUGGCUCCAACUCUUGCUUGGCUUAGCUUGGCCGACGUGCCGAAGCUGCAUCUUGGUCUUGAGGUCCUGUGUCAACUGAAGGCCCUCAGGCAUCUGGACCUUUCACAGAGCACUAAUAAGCAGGGACAGGGCUUCUAUCCCCAGCCAGAUACUUGGCUCUCUACGUUGGCCGAGUCGCUACCCGAGCUCACCUCGCUCGACCUCUCGGGCACCAACCUGCCUGGCAAAGACCCGACCAUUUCGAACGAUCAAAACGGGACUUCUGGGAGUGGGAUGCAGUCAUCAAUUCCAGGCCUUCAGUGCCGUGUGGAUCGCCCCCUAGACUUUCUUGGGCUCCUGAACACACCGUCUGAUGCUUGCUACGGAACGCAUAUCCCUGCUCUCAGGGUGUCGGGCGACGCCACAGAGGAGCAAGUGCUGGUGUCUGCACAGGCAUACCAGUCACGACCCCUCCUGCUGCAGAAGGUGCUUAACGACCUUUUCCACGUGUUCCGCUACGAGGCCUGUGAUCACCCGCGCCUGGCUCUGGACGUCGUGCUUGCCUCCAUGACUCGGCAUCUCAGCGACAAGCAUAUUCAGAUUGCUGGAAGUGCAUCACUUUUUUACCUGGUGAAAGGCGAGGAGAGGGCUAAUUUUAAUGUCAGCAUUCGAAGGAAGAUCAUCAAGUGCUUGCUGGAUGCCAUGGGAUGCCAUCGAAGUUAUACGACGAUGCUGCGAAAUGGCUGCCUGACUAUGAUUCACUUUAAGAUACCCCAAGAUGUGCUGUUUGACUACGAGCGGUUGGUGGACAUGCUGCUGUACAUAGUGUCCCAGUAUGACCAGGAUGAGUUUGUUCAGCGCAUUGGCAUCUACCUGCUCAACUCACUGGCCUGCCAAGUGGACGGGGGCCAGAAGCGCCUCGUUGGGGACAAAGGAGCCAUCACGAUAAUGCUUCAGCUGAUUGACGGCCGACUGAGGACCCACACAUCUGAUGAAGUCAUGGAGACUGCGUGGAGCACCAUGUGGAAUGUCACAGAUGAAACACCAGUAAACUGUGAGAGGUUUCUGGACGGCGGUGGAAUGACGUUAUUUCUUGAGUGUUUGCGGAUCUUCACAGACAAGCCUGAACUGCUGAGAAACAUGAUGGGACUGCUGGGCAAUGUGGCUGAAGUGCGGGAGCUCAGGCCACGACUCAUGCGAGAUGAGUACCUGCUUGUGUUCAGUGAGCUGCUGGACAGUGAGAGCGACGGCAUCGAGGUGAGCUACAAUGCAGCAGGCAUCCUGGCACACAUUCUCUCUGACGGGGCUGAGAGCUGGGAUAAGGCUUCUAUCCAGGCCGUCUCACGUGCUGAAGUGCUGGUGCGCAUGCGGCGGGCCAUUGACCGCUGGGCACUGAUCACCAAGCGCAACAUCAACUACCGAUCGUUUGAACCAAUCCUGCGACUACUGCACUGUGAACAUACCCCAGAAGCCCAACACUGGGCUGUCUGGGCCCUGGCCAACCUUACUCAAGUGUACCCUGGCAAGUACUGCCCCCUGGUGCGAGAAGAAGGUGGUCUUGAGAUGCUUGAACAACUGAUGCAGAACCCUAGGCCAUACCCACGUAUCCACGAGCUUGCUAAGCUCAUCAUUUAUCACUGCUCCAAAGGUGGCUGUCAACUGAAGUGGUGCUUCGACUCGUGAAAGUAAGCAUGGGCUAACCUCACCAAGCCACGAGACAGAGCACGGUGAUUCGAUGUUCCUGGAAGAAGAGACUGCGUGACAGAGAGCCCCUGUGUUGGGUCGCCAAAAAGAUUUGCAAUAAACGACGAUGUGUGUCGCAGCGUCUUCGCGCUGUA